CCAGUCUGAACAGAUAAAGAUAAGCUUGUGAGCUGGGUUCCUACAGUGUAGGAUCCUCUACACAUCGUAAUUUUCCUGCCUGACCCACCAAGGAUGCACCAGAACAGGAGCAAGAUACCUGAGAAGAUAUUAAACCUCACCCUGGAGAUUAUCUUUCAGCUUACUGGAGAUGAUUACACAGUAGUGAAAAAACAUCUGAUGAGUGUUUGACCCCCAGAGGCUGUCAUUGUAUGUUAAGAGAAUGGAGAAGGACCAAGAGCCAUGUUAAGAAAGCCCUGAUAUGUAAGAGAAAUAAUGAUGAGAAGAUCCUAACACUCGCCAAACAGAUCAUUUAGCUGCUGACUGGAGAGAAGGUGUGAAGAUAUAACCAUCUAUUUCUCCAUUGAGGAGUGGGAGUGCUUAAAACAACACAAAGAUAUAUACAAGAAGGUCAUGAUGGAUAAUCACCAGCUCUUCACAACACAGGAUAAAUCCAAUAAGAAAAAUUCACUAUUGAAAUGUUCUAGUCCUCGCUAUUCGCAGGAUUGUACAUCAGAAGACCUCAGUGACCCUCAAAAUCAUCAGGAUGAAGUUUUCCUCAAUAUUAAAGUUGAAGAUUUUGAUGAUGAAAACGACUCAUAUGAUAUAGAGAUGGAACAUCCUACAGAUAAUAUAACGUAUGGAUCCAGUAAGAUUAAUCCGCCAGAGACAUGUUCCAGUCCUCUGUGUUCCCCGGAAGGUCUAGAUGAAGAUGCCAGUGUUUCAGAGGAUCAACAGGAUGAAGAUCUCCUUGAUAUUAAAGUUGAAGUAGUCAAUGAGGAAGAAGAGGAGGAGAUGUAUUUAAUGGGUGAACGGCAAUGUAAAGAGGAGGAGGAGGAGAUUCCUGUAUUUAUUGGUGUAGAUGGUCACAGCAAGAAUCUGUUCUUAUCACCUGAUUCUGAAGGAGAAGGUAAUGAUAUUACACCAAAUUCUACAGGAGGAAAUACAUUUUCAUGCUUGGAAUGUGGGAAAUGUUUCAAUCAAAAAUUAGAUCUUGCAAAACAUCAAGAAAUUCAUGCAGGAGAGAAACCAUUUUCAUGUCUUGACUGUGGAAAAAGCUUUGCCAGAAAAUCAAAUCUAGUUCAGCACCAGAGAACACACACUGGGGAGAAGCCAUUUUCAUGUUCACUUUGUGGGAAAUGUUUUAGCCAGAAGUCAGGACUUCUUGGGCAUCAAAAAACUCACACAGGAGAAAAACCAUUUACAUGUUCGAAAUGUAGCAAAAGUUUUACCCAGAAGUCAUGUCUCAUUGAACAUCAAAAAAUUCACUCAGGAGAGAGGCCAUUUUCAUGUUUAAAAUGCGGAAAAUGUUUUAUCCAUAAAUCAGAUCUUGUAAGACAUCACAGAAUUCACACAGGGGAGAAACCGUUUUCAUGCACUGAAUGUGGGAAGAGUUUUACCCAGAAACAAGACCUUGCUAAACAUGAAAAAAUUCACACAGGGGAGAAGCCAUUUUCAUGUUCAGAGUGUGGGAGAUGUUUUACUCUGAAAUCUGAUCUUGUUAAGCAUCAAAGAAUACACACGGGCGAGAAGCUGUUUUCAUGUGCAGAGUGUGGAAAAUGUUACACCCAGAAAUCAGGUCUUGUUGACCAUCAGAAAAUGCACACAGGGGAGAAGCCAUUUUUGUGUUUGGAUUGUGGGAAACGAUUUACGAAGAAAUCAAGUCUUGUUGAUCACCAGAGAACUCAUACAGGAAAGCCAUUUUCAUGUUUGGAAUGUGGAAAAAGUUUCAACAGGAAAUCAUCGCUUGUUGAACAUCAGGUGCUUCACACAGGGGAAAAGCCGUAUAACUGUCUGGAAUGUGGAAAAGGUUUUAACCAGAAGUGGGGUCUUGUUGAACAUCAGAAAAUUCACAGAGGAGAGAAGCCGUUUUCAUGUUCAGAAUGUGGUAAAUGUUUUACCCAAAAGUCUGGUCUUGUUGACCAUCAGAAAACUCACACGGGAGAGAAACCAUUUUCAUGUUUGGAUUGCGGUAAAUGUUUUACCCGGAAGUCAGUUCUUGCUGAACAUCAGAGGAUUCAUACUGGGGAGAGGCCAUUUUCAUGUUUGGAAUGUGGAAAAUCUUUUUCCAAGAAAUCUGUUUUUGUUGACCAUCAAAAAAUUCAUACAGCAACAAAGCGCUUUUCAUGUGUGGAUUGUGGGAGAGGUUUUAACAGGAAAUUAGAUCUUGUUGAACACCAGAGAAGUCACACUGGGGAGAAGCCAUUUUCAUGUUCGGAAUGUGGCAAAUGUUUUUCUAAGAAAUCAGUCCUUGUUGAUCAUAAAAAAAAUCACACAAAAAAGAAGCAGUUUUCUUGUUUGGAAUGUGGGAAAUGUUUUUCAAAGAAGUCAAUUUUUGCUGACCAUCAGAAAACUCACACAGAGGAGACACCGUUGCAUCAAAGUCCGGAAAAUGAUUUAAGCAUAAAUCAGAUUUAGGACAUCAUAUUCUUCAUACUUAAUGAAGUCUCGCCAAUUUCUGAAUUUUAGUUUGUCGUUUCAUUUUCUUUGACCUUUUACAUCUAAACUGAACUUUAUCUAGAUCUAUGAUAGACUCUAAAAAGGGAUAAAGAAUUGCAGAAAGCCCUACUGUAUACUGAAGUGGCGAAACCAUGACUUCUGCUUAAGGGACCAGGAGAUUUCCCUCAAUCUGCGGUGUCUCCUGGAGCUUUUUUCUUUUAUAUAGAAACAUAGAAUGUGUCGGCAGAUAAGAACCAUUUGGCCCAUCUAGUCUGCCCAAUAUAUCUGAAUCCUAUAUAGUUUCAGAUAUUUCCACCGUGACUUACUGUAGGUAAAAGCUGUGGUUCUCUGUGCACUCCAUCCAUACAGCAGCACAUAAUUAAACAGAAAUGAAUGUGGCACUCCUGAAUUAUUUCAAGACUAAAGAUACCGCUGCUAUACAAUAAUAGUUGUAUUCUGCUACACUUUUUUUUUUUUUCCCUUUUGCUCCAGUUUAAAUCUUUUUUUUUUUUUCCCUGUAGUGUUUGUCACAAAAAUAAUGAAAUAUAGCUGAGGAGCAAUGCAAGGGUAGGCACUGCCCCCCAUAUGGAUGUAUUUCCAUGGGGAAAAAAAUGUUAAUUUUGUGAAAUAUUACCAUUUGUAUAUGCCACUUUAUUGAUUACUCCCUAGUGGAUGGGGGGGAUAUAUAUUGUUAUGCUUGUUGGAUUAGGUUUAUAGCAUUUAUAAAGUACGGCAAGAUUAAAAUGGUUUAAAAAUACAGAUUUUAGUAAUCAAGCAAAAUAUCUGGAUGGUUGUCAGCCAUGGCCACUUACACAUACAGAUAUUUUAACGCUCUACACAAAAGUAGUUAUGAAGAAGUUUUCACUUUGUUCAUAUACAAACCUGUUGUUACAAAUCAAAGUCAUAAUAAUGAUUUUCAGACAGAUUUUAAGACUAAAUAGACUUUUUGCCAGGUCAUACGGCUUGUCGCUCAGAUUUACUGACUGGUUAGGCACAAAAUCUGUGUUUGUAAACUACCCUAAGCAGGGAAACUUGGACUGCUUUUGCAUUAAGUUCAUUACUAUAAUUUGGUCUGAUGGAGCAAAAUAGAUCUAACGUUCAAAAUUCAUUAACUGGACAUUUUUCUACUGUUGCAAGUGAAAGUUGAACAUUUGAUAAAAUUAACUCUAUCAAUAUGUGUAACAUCAUUUUGACAGAUAUCUUAGAAGUUGAUUUUUAAAUGCUUGUUUGUACCAUUUCAGGU